AUCAGAAGAAAGUGUGGCUCUGCUCAAACGACACAUUGGAGCCUCCAGAGAUUCAUACAAUCGAGCCUCUGUUCUCUGCUGAUGCAAAAGACCUUCAACUUCCAGAAACACCAGCAGGUGUUCUUUCCCUUUUGGCCCUCCAGGAUGCGUCUGUUGCUGUUUGUGAGCAUCUCGGUGGCUGUGCUCCAUUUGUCUGCAUCUCUGCUGCUCGGGGCCUUUAACAUCAAGUCCUUUGGGGACAAGAAAGCCUCCAACACAACUCUUAUGAAUAUCAUCAGCAAGAUUGUCCAUCGCUAUGACAUCAUUCUGAUCCAAGAGGUCAGGGACAGUGAUCUGUCAGCAACCAAAAAACUAAUGGAGCACGUCAACAAAGAUUCUCCUCAGUGGAAGUACAGUCACAUCGUCAGUGAGCCUCUGGGGAGGAGCAGGUACAAGGAGCGAUAUCUGUUUCUCUACAGGGAAGAGAUGGUGUCAGUGGCUAAAAACUACAUCUAUGAUGAUGGUUGUGAGCCCUGUGGGACAGACACCUUCAUCAGAGAGCCGUUUGUCGUCAUGUUCUCUUCCAGUCAUUCAGCUGUGAGGAACGUUGUCCUGAUCCCUCAGCACACCUCUCCAGACUUCGCUGUGGAAGAAACAGACGCUCUUUACGAUGUGGUGACUGAUGUCCGAAACCGCUGGAAAACCAAUGACAUCGUGGUGCUCGGUGACCUCAACACAGGCUGUCAGUAUGUGUCAGGUUCUGACUGGGAAAAGAUCCGACUCUUCACAGACAAGAGUUUCCACUGGCUGAUCCCCGACGAGGCCGACACCACAGUGUCACACACCAACUGCCCAUACGACAGGAUUGUGGUCACGGCUGACAUGAUGGAGGGAGUGAUGCCCGACAGCGCUGAGGUCUACGACUACAUGAGGGACCUGCAUCUCAGCCACAAUCUGGCUUUGGCUGUCAGCGACCAUUUCCCAGUGGAGGUGAAACUCUUCGGAACCUCACCUACUGCCUGAACCUCAUCUCGCUCAUGGAAUCAAACCUUAAAAAAUAAAUAAAACCUGCAAAA